UUGUAUUUAAUAAUUUUGAUUUUCAUGUGUCAAUAUCCUGUAAUUCCUAAAGAACAUUGUUGAUUUGAAAGCAUGCAUCCUAAAAGAAUAGAGUUAAUUUCGAGACCAAAUAAAAAGUAAACUCUCUUCUCUGCAUUGCAGGGAGAAUCGGGAAGAAAAUUCCAUAUAAUACCUAAGAAGAUCCAGAACAUUUUUAGAAAAUCUUGAGUUUAUGUGUGUUCUUGAGGAGAGCCAGUACCUGAUGUAUGGAAAGCAAAAAAAUCCAUAAUGGUGGUAAAUAAGAAGUGGAAAAUCUGGGAGAAAUCAUAAUUCUGAGAUAGAAUGCGGCAGGAGAUUCACCUUGGAAGACGUGAGGAGAGAGACACAUAGUACCUGAACAUGGUUAAGUGGGCAUGUUACAGAAUGUAGGUUAAAAUAGUCAGUUAUUCUAAAUUGUGAUCUAGUUAGAGAAGAGCCUCACUAUAUACUCAAGGUAUUUGUAAAUAUAUCUUGAGUCUGAGUCUUAGUUCUUGGAGCAUGGCGCUGUGUGGAAGAACUGGAUCAAACUGCUACAUUAUAUUGUUCAUGAGUUUUAAGCCAAGCUAAGUUUACAGGGGAUAUUGUCUAAGCACAUACUCAAAUAAUAAAUUAUAGAUGCCAUAAGUUGUUAAAAGUUAUGAUUUUUGUAGUAGAAUCAUCCCUCAUAUUUGAGUUGAGGUCUUGCAGUUGAUUUGGUAAACUAACCUGAAAUUGAUUAAAUGAAUGAAUUUGAAUUUAAUUGAUAAAUUAUUGAUAUUUAUGUCCAUGGAAAUGGUUGAAGGGAUAACUUUGUAUGGUAAACUGUAGAAAAACACAGAAUACAUGUCAUUACAGUGGAUUUAAACUUUUUUUCCCAGAUUUCAAGUUUUAUUAAAAAGCUUACAUUAAUAAAAAAAAGCAUAUUAUUGAAAUAAUGACACAUUGGUCAAUGUAUAGAAUUGAAAAAAAAAAGAGAGUAUACAUCACUUUCUUUUUUUUAUUAACUUAUGUAUUUCUUAUUUACAUUUCAAGUGUUAUUCCAUUUCCCAGUUUCCAGGCCAAAAUCCCCCUAACCCCUCCCACUCCCCUUCUUUAUGGGUGUUCCCCUCCCCAUCCUCCCCCAUUGCCGCCCUCCCCCCAACAAUCACUUUCACUGGGGAUUCAGUCUUGGCAGGACCCAGGACUUGCCCUUCCACUGGUGCUCUUACUAGCCUAUUCAUUGCUACCUAUGAGGUCAGAGUCCAGGGUCAGUCCAUGUAUAGUCUUUAGGUAGUGGCUUAGUCCCUGGAAGCUCUGGUUGCUUGGCAUUGUUGUUCAUAUGGGGUCUCGAGCCCCUUCAAGCUCUUCCAGUCCUUUCUCUGAUUCCUUCAAUGGGGGUCCUAUUCUCAAUUCAGUGCUGGCAUUCACCUAUGCAUUUGCUGGAUUCUGGCUGUGUCUCUCAGGAGAGAUCUACAUCCGGCUCCAGUCUGCCUACACUUCUUUGCUCCUCCAUCUUGUCUAAUUGGGUGGCUGUAUAUGUAUAGGCCACAUGUGGGGCAGGCUCUGAAUAGGUGUUCCUUCAGUCUCUGUUUUAAUCCUUGCCUCUCUAUUCCCUGCCAAGGGUAUUCUUGUUCCCCUUUUAAAGAAGGAGUGAAAUAUUCACAUUUUGAUCAUCCAUCUUGAGUUUCAUGUGUUCUAUGCAUCUAGGGUAAUUCAAGCAUUUGGGCUAAUAUCCACUUAUCAAUGAGUGCAUACCAUAUGUGUUUUUCUGUGAUUGGGCUAGCUCACUCAAGAUGAUAUUUUCCAGUUCCAACCAUUGCCUAUGAAUUUCACAAAGGUAUUGUUUUUGAUAGCUGAGUAAUAUUCCAUUGUGUAGAUGUACCACAUUUUCUGUAUCCAUUCCUCUGUUGAAGGGCAUCUGGGUUCUUUCCAGCUUCUGGCUAUUAUAAAUAAGGCUGCUAUGAACAUAGUGGAGCACAUGUCUUUUUUAUAUGUUGGGGCAUCGUUUGGGUAUAUGCGCAAGAGAGGUAUAGCUGGAUCCUCAGGCAGGUCAAUGUCCAAUUUUCUGAGGAACCUCCAGACUGAUUUCCAGAAUGGUUGUACCAGUCUGCUUUCCCACCAACAAUGGAGGAGUGUUCCUCUCUCUCCACAUCCUCGCCAGCAUUUGCUGUCACCUGAGUUUUUGAUCUUAGCCGCUCUUACUUGUAUGAGGUGAAAUCUGAGGGUUGUUUUGAUUUGCAUUUCCCUUAUGAUUAAAGAUGUUGAACAUUUCUUUAGGUGUUUCUCAGCCGUUCGACAUUCCUCAGCUGUGAAUUCUUUGUUUAGCUCUGAACCCCAUUUUUUAAUAGGGUUAUUGGUCUCCCUGCAGUCUAACUUCUUGCGUUCUUUGUAUAUUUUGAAUAUAAGACCUCUAUCUGUUGUAGGAUUGGUAAAGAUCUUUUCCCACUCUGUUGGUUGCCGUUUUGCCCUAACCACAGUGUCCUUUGCCUUACAGAAGGUUUGCAGUUUUAUGAGAUCCCAUUUGUCGAUUCUUGAUCUUAGAGAAUAAGCCAUUGGUGUUUUGUUCAGGAAAUUUUUUCCAGUGCCCACGUGUUCCAGAUGCUGCCCUAGUUUUUCUUCUAUUAGUUUGAGUGUAUCUGGUUUGAUGUGUAGGUCCUUGAUCCACUUGGACUUAAGCUUUGUACAGGGUGAUAAGCAUGGAUUGAUCUGCAUUCCUCUACAUGUUGACCUCCAGUUGAACCAGCACCAUUUGCUGAAAAUGCUAUCUUUUUUACAUUGGAUGGUUUUGGCUCCUUUGUCAAAAAUCAAGUGCCCUUAGGUGUGUGGGUUCAUUUCUGGGUCUUCAGUUCUGUUCCAUUGGUCUAUCUGUCUGUCUCUGUACCAAUACCAUGCAGUUUUUAUCACUAUUGCUCUGUAAUACUGCUUGAGUUCAGGGAUAGUGAUUCCCCCUGAAGUCCUUUUAUUGUUGAGGAUAGUUUUAGCUAUCCUGGGUUUUUGGUUAUUCCAGAUGAAUUUUCAAAUUGUUCUGUCUAACUCUUUGAAGAAUUGGAUUGGUAUUUUGAUGGGGAUUGCAUUGAAUCUGUAGAUCGCUUUUGGUAAGAUGACCAUUUUUACUAUAUUAAUCCUGCCAAUCCAUGAGCAUGGGAGAUCUUUCCAUCUUCUGAGGUCUUCUUCAAUUUCUUUCUUCAGAGUCUUGAAGUUCUUCUUGUACAGAUCUUUUACUUGCUUGGUUAAAGUCACGCCGAGGUACUUUAUAUUAUUUGGGUCUAUUAUGAAGGGUGUCGUUUCCCUAAUUUCUUUCUCGGCUUGUUUCUCUUUUGUGUAGAGGAAGGCUGCUGAUUUAUUUGAGUUAAUUUUAUACCCAGGCACUUUACUGAAGUUGUUUAUCAGCUUUAGUAGUUCUCUGGUGGAACUUUUGGGAUCACUUAAACGUACUAUCAUAUCAUCUGCAAAUAGUGAUAUUUUGACUUCUUCUAUUCCAAUCUGUAUCCCCUUGACCUCCUUUUGUUGUCUGAUUGCUCUGGCUAGAACUUCAAGAACUGUAUUGAAUAAGUAGGGAGAGAGUGGGCAGCCUUGUCUAGUCCCUGAUUUUAGUGGGAUUGCUUCAAGUUUCUCUCCACUUAGUUUAAUGUUAGCAAUUGGUUUGCUGUAUAUGGCUUUUACUAUGUUUAGGUAUAUGGGCCUUGAAUUCCUAUUCUUUCCCGGACUUUUAUCAUGAAGGGGUGUUGAAUUUUGUCAAAUGCUUUCUCAGCGUCUAAUGAAAUGAUCUUGUGGUUUUGUUCUUUCAGUUUGUUUAUAUAAUGGAUCACAUUGAUGGUUUUCCGUAUAUUAAACCAUCCCUGCAUGCCUGGGAUGAAGCCUACUUGAUCAUAGUGGAUGAUUGUUUUGAUGUGCUCUUGGAUUCGGUUUGCCAGAAUUUUAUUGAGUAUUUUUGCGUGUAUAUUCAUAAGGGAAAUUGGUCUAAGUUCUCUUUCUGUGUUGGGUCUGUGUGUGGUUUGAGUAAUUGUGGCUUCAUAGAAGGAAUUUGGUAGUGAUCCAUCUGUUUUAAUUUUGUGGAAUAGUUUGGAUAGUAUUGGUAUGAGGUCUUCUAUGAAGGUCUGAUAGAAUUCUGCACUGAACCCGUCUGGACCUGGGCUCUUUUUGGUUGGGAGACCUUUAAUGACUGCUACUAUUUCCUUAGGAGUUAUGGGGUUGUUUAACUGGUUUAUCUGUUCCUGAUUUAACUUCGGUACCUGGUAUCUGUCUAUGAAAUUGUCCAUUUCCUGCAGAUUUUCAAGUUUUGUUGAACAUAGGCUUUUAUAGUAAGAUCUGAUGAUUUUUUUAAUUUUGUCCGAAUCUGUAGUUAUAUCUCCCUUUUCAUUUCCGAUUUUGGAAUUUGGAAACACUCUCUGUGUCCUCUAGUUAGUCUGGCUAAGGGUUUAUCUAUCUUAUUGAUUGUCUCAAAGAACCAUCUUUUGGUUCUGUUGAUUCUUUCUAGUGUCCAUUUGUUUCUACUUGGCUGAUUUCAGCUCUGAGUUUGAUUAUUUCCUGCCGUCUACUCCUCCUGGGUGUAUUUACUUCUUUUUGUUCUAGAGCUUUUAGGUGUGCUGUCAAGCUGGUGACAUAUGCUGUUUCCUGUUUCUUUCUGCAGGCACUCAGAGCUAUGGGUUUUCUUCUUAGCACAGCUUUCAUUGUGUCCCAUAAGUUUGGGUAUGUUGUACCUUCGAUUUCAUUAAAUCUAAGAAGUCUUUAAUUUCUUUCUUUAUUUCUUCCUUGACCAGGUUAUCAUUGAGUAGAGCAUUGUUCAACUUCCACGUAUAAGUAGGCAUUCUUCCAUUAUUGUUAUUGAAGACCAGAUUUAGGCCGUGGUGGUCUGAUAGCACCCAUGGGAUUAUUUCUAUCUUUCUGUACCUAUUGAGGCCUGUUUUUUGACCAAUUAUAUGGUCAAUUUUGGAGAAAGUACCAUGAGGACUUGAGAAGAAGGUAUAUCCUUUUGCUUUAGGAUAGAAUGUUCUAUAAAUAACUGUUAAGUCUAUUUGGUUCAUGAUUUCUCUUAGUCUGUCUACGUCUCUGUUUAAUUAGUGUUUCCAUGAUCUGUCCAUUGAUGAGAGUGGGGUGUUGAAAUCUCCUACUAUUAUUGUGUGAGGUGCAAUGUGUGUUUUGAGCUUUAGUAAGGUUUCUUUUAUGUAUGUAGAUGCCCUUGUAUUUGGGGCAUAGAUAUUUAGGAUUGAGAGUUCAUCUUGGUGGAUUUUUCCUUUGAUGAAUAUGAAGUGUCCUUCCUUAUCUUUUUUGAUGACGUUUAGUUGGAAAUUGAUUUUAUUUGAUAUUAGAAUGGCUACUCCAGCUUGCUUCUUCAGACCAUUUGCUUGGAAAGUUGAUUUCCAGCCUUUUACUCUGAGGUAGAGUCUGUCUUUGUCUCUGAGGUGUGUUUCCUGUAGGGAAUGCAGGGUCCUCAUUGCAUAUCCAGUGUGUUAAUCUAUGUCUUUUUAUUGGGGAGUUGAGGCCAUUGAUGUUGAGAGAUAUUCAGGAAUAGUGAUUAUUGCUUCCUGUUAUGUUCAUAUUUGGAUGUGAGGUUAUGUUUGUGUGCUUUUCUUCUCUUUGUUUUGUUGCCAAGACGAUUUGUUUCUUGCUUUUUCUAGGGUGUAGCUUGCCUCCUUAUGUUGGGCUUUACCAUUUAUUAUCCUUUGUAUUGCUGGAUUUGUAGAAAGAUAUUGUGUAAAUUUGGUUUUGUCAUGGAAUAUCUUGGUUUCUCCAUCUAUGUUAAUUGAGAGUUUUGCAGGAUAAAGUAACCUGGGCUGGCAUUUGUGUUCUCUUAGGGUCUGUAUGACAUCUGUCCAGGAUCUUUUGGCUUUCACAGUUUCUGGUGUGAUUCUGAUAGGUCUGCCUUUAUGUUACUUGAUCUUUUUCCCUUACUGCUUUUAAUAUUCUUUAUUUUGUGCGUUUGGUGUUUUGACUAUUAUGUGACGGGAGCUGUUUCUUUUCUGGUCCAAUCUAUUUGGAGUUCUGUAGGCUUCGUGUAUGCUUAUGGGUAUCUCUUCCUUUAGGUUAGGGACGUUUUCUUCUAUGAUUUUGUUGAAAAUAUUUACUGGUCCUUUGAUCUAGGAGUCUUCACUCUCUUCUAUAGCUAUAUCCUUAGGUUUGAUCUUCUCAUUGAGUCCUCGAUUUCCUGUAUGUUUUGGACCAGUAGCUUUUUCUGCUUUACAUUAUCUUUCACAGUUGAGUCGAUAGUUUUCUAUAGAAUCUUCUGCUCCUGAGAUUCUCUCUUCUAUCUCUUGUAUUCUGUUGGUGAAGCUCGUAUCUACAGCUCCUUGUCUCUUCUUUUGGUUUUCUAUAUUCAGGGUUGUUUCCAUGUGUUCUUUCUUGAUUGCUUCUAUUUCCAUUUUUAAUUCCUUCAAGUGUUUGUGUUUUCCUGGAAUCCUUUCAGGGAUUUUUGUGAUUCCUCUCUGUAGGCUUCUACUUGUUUAUUUAUGUUUUCCUGCAUUUCUCUAAGGGAGUUCUUCAUGUCUUUCUUGAAGUCCUCCAGUAUCGAUCAAAUAUGAUUUUGAAAAUAGAUCUUGCUUUUCUGGUAUGUUUGGAUAUUCCGUGUUUGCUUUGGUUGGAGAAUUGGGAUCCGAUGAUGUCAUGUAGUCUUGGUUUCUGUUGCUAGGGUUACUGUGCUUGCCUCUUGCCAUCAGAUUAUCUCUAGUGUUUCUUUCUUCUGCUAUUUCUGACAGUGGCUAGACUGUCCUAUAAGCCUGUGUGUCAGGAGUGCUGUAGACCUGUUUUCCUGUUUUCUUUCAGCCAGUUAUGGGAACAGAGUGUUCUGCUUUGGGGCGUGUAGUUUUUCCUCUCUACAGGUCUUCAGCUGUUCCUGUGGGCCUGUGCCCUGAAUUCACCAGGCAGGUCACUUGGAGCAGAAAAGUUGGUCUUAUCUGUGGUCCCGAGGCUCAAGAUUGCUCGUGGGGUGUUGCUCAUGAUCUCUCCUCAGGGGCAGCAACCAGGAGGACCUGCGCCGCCCUUUCUGGGAGCCCCCCGUGCACCAGAGUCCCAGAUGGCAUUUGGUGUUUUCCUCUGGAGUCAGAGAUGUGGGCAGAGUGUAGUCUUUUCUGGUCUUCCAGGCAUGUCUGCCUCUCUGACGGUUUAGCUCUCCCUCUCCCAGGAUUUGGGUGCAGAGAACCGUUUAUCUGGCUGGUCUCUUCAGGUUCCUGCGGUGUCUCAUUUGCAGCGGACCUGCUGCUCCUGUGCCCUUAUCUACGGGAACCCAGAGACCGUUCCUCUUGGGCCAGGUAUAUGGGCAGGGGUGGACAGUGUUGGUGGUCUCUUCUGCUCUGCAGUCUCAGGAGUGCCCACCAGUCCGGGCGGUGAGCUCUCUCUCCCACGGGGUUUGGGAGCAGUGAGCUGGAGGCAGGGAGCACGAGAUUCGGACUCCCGCUAAAAACCGGAAGUGUCCGGUUCUUCCACGGGGUUUGGGAGCCAUACAUCACUUUCUUUAUUCAUUGUUCAGUAGAGGGACAUCCAGGUUGUUUCCAGAUUCUGGUUAGUAUGAACAAAGCUACUAUGAACAUAGUUUGACAAGUGUUUCUUUGGUACAGUGUGACAUCUUUAUGACUACACACCCAGGAGCGUUAUAGCUGGCCCUUGAGGUAGAACAGUUUUUUUCUCUCAGUUUUGUGAGAAACCACCCAAUUGAUUUCCAAAGUUGUUGUUCAAAGUUUCACGUCCAUCAGUGAUGGAUUAGUGUUCCCUUUGCUCCACAACCUGCCAGCAUUCACUCUCACUUGAGUUUUUCAUCUUUGCUUUUGUGAUGGGUGUCAAAUGACAUGUCAGAGUGGUUUUGAGUAAGCAGCUCUUGGUUUUGUUCAUUCUUUGUAUUGUUUCCCAUGUUUCUAUGUUUAAUUUUCAUACCAUCUUCUCUUGAGCGUGUAAGCUUCUGUUUUUAUUUUUAAUAUUGCAUAUGUGCUGAUUAGCUGCUAUUAUGAAAUCUCUCCAUUUCUUUUGAAGGGACAUAGUGUUAUGAACUUUCCUUUUGCACUGCUUUUAUUGUGUUCCCUAAGUUUGUAUGAUUUGUGCCUUCACUUUCAUUGAAUUCUAGAAAGACUUUGAUUUCUUCUUUCAACAGUGGUCACUUAGCAUAGAGUUGUUCAGUUUCCAUGAGAUUGUAGGCUUUCCAUUGUUUUUGUUGUUGACAUAGUCCAACUUUAGUCCAUGGUGACCUUAUCAGACACAAAAGCAUUUUGGUGUUCUUUUGUUGUUGUUGUUGUUUUUGUAUUUUCUUGUAUCUGUUGUAGAUCUGUAUCUGUACAUGUUCAAUUUUGGAGAAGGUUCCAUGAGGUGCUGAGAAGAUACAUAUUUUUUUAUUUGAGUGACAGCUUCUAUAGAUAUCUGUUGUUGUAAAAAUAUUAAAAUAAAAAAGUAAAAGUUGUCUUUUACCCCGCUAGGUCCGCACCUCGGUGCCCCAAGAUAUCUGCUAGAUAUCUUGGCGGAAACACAGCCCAGCCGCACAUUUUCCUACACUCAAACCCUCACAUAAAAGAACACACAACACAAUAAUCUUUGAUCCAAUUGGUAAGGUAUAGUUGCCACUUAAACAUACAAGGCCUGGUACCAUCCAUCCCUUAGGAAGAUUGAUAACAACCUGUAAAUACACAGAGCAGAAUCUUAACAUCACCUGCCAUGGCUCCUCCCCCCUCUCUCUCCUCUUCUCUGUGUUAAUCCCCUUCUCUUCCUUCAAGCUUCUCUCCUGCCCAUCCUUGCUUCUCCUCCAAUGUCAGGUCUCCUACUAUCCUGUACCUGCCCCUCACCUGUAUUUUACAAAUUCAAUGGGGAGGUGGUUCUGGUGAAGUCAUCUGAGUUCUGAGUCUGAGACUAGGCAGCUGUCCUUGGGGCAGUGGAAUUAGCAUCAAAAUACAGAAACUUCAGGGCAAACCACCACAGAUAUCUGUUAGGUCCAUUUGAUUCAUGCCAUCUACUAGUUGCAUUACAUUUCAGUUUAGUUUCUCUUUUGGUGACAUGCCUGUUGGUCAUUAACGUGAUAAUAUGUAGGUGAUGUCCCCUACUAUUAAUGUGUGGAAUUGGAGGUGUGGUUUAAGCUUUAACAAAAUUAGUAAAUGUUUCUUUUGUAAAGGAGGAUGCACUUGUAUCGCAAGCAUUGAUGUUUAGAAUUGAAGCAUCAUCUUGUUGGAUUUUCCAUUGAUUUAUAUGCAGUGUCCUUUCCCAUCUCUUUUAAUUAUUUCUCAUUGAAAGUCUAUUUUACCAGAUAUUAGAUUGGCUGCUGCAGCUUGACUCUUGGGUCCAUUUGCUUUACAGACCUUUUGUCCAGUCCUUUAUUCUGUGGCAGUGUUUAUCUUUGUGGCUGAGUUGCAUUUCUAUAUGCAACAGAAGUAUAGAUUCUGUUUAUGCAUCUACUCUCUUAGACUAUGUCUUUUUAUUUGGUAAGUGAAUCUGUUCCUGUUCAGAGAUAUUAAUAAUUAAUGAUUGCUUUUACUUGGUAUUUUGAUUUUGGUUUGCAUGUGUUUCUCUUGGUUGGUUUUACUAUGCGAUUAUUAGUUUCUCGUGUUUCAUUGAGUUCAGUUACUCUCCUUGUCUUGGAGUUUUGCUUGUAGCAUCCUGAUUAGUGAUGGGUUAGUAGAAAGAUAUAGUUUGCGUUUGGUUUUGUCACAGAAUAGCUUUUUACUCCAUCUUGAGUAAAAUUGAUUGAAAAUUUUGCUAAGUAUUGUAGUCUGGGCUGACAGCUAUAGUCUCUUAGGGUCUGUAAGACAUCUCUCUGGCUCUUCUGGCUUUUAAUUCUCUGUUGAGAAGUUUGGUAUAAUUCUGAUUGUUCUGUCUUUAUAUGUAAUAUGUUACUUGCCUCUUUCUCCUUGUGGCUUUUUAAUUUUCUCUCUUUGCUUUGGGGAUUUAAUGUUUUGGUUAUUAUGUUGCUGGAGGAUUUAUUUUCUGACACAGUAAACUCUUAUUUGUAGUGUAAGCUUCUUGUGUGUAUGUAGGCAUCUUUUUCUUGAGGUUUGGGAUGUUUUCUUCUAUGAUGUUGUUGAAGAUAUUUUCUGGGCCUUUAAUCUGGGAAUCUUCUUCUCCUGUUCCUAUUUUUCUUAAGUUUGGCCCUGAUUCCACAUCCAGCCUAUCAGGCUGUGCCUUUUUAAUGGGGAAGAUGAGUUCACUGAUAUUGAGAGAUAUUAACAACAAAUGAGUGUUAAUUCCUGCCAUUCUCAUUUUGUGAAUGAGUGAUUAUUAUUUAUUUUUGUUAACACCAAUCAAUUUGGCGUUCUGUAAGGUUCCUCUAAGUUUAUAGGCAUUCUUCCUUUAUGUUGUAUAAAUUUCCUUCUAUGAUUUUGUUGAACAUAUGUUCUCAUCUUUGGAGCUGGUACUCUCUUCACUUUUGAACAAUUCCUAUUAUCCUUAGUACAAAAUUUCACAGUGUCUCAGACUACCUGAAUAUUUUGAGUCAGUAACUUUUUAGGUGAUAUUUUCUUUGGUUGAUGUAUUAAUUUAUUUGAGUAUAUCAUGUAUGCCUGAGAUCAUCUCUUCCAAUUCUUUUAUUGUGUUGGCUGUGCUUCUGUUCUUGUUCUCUUUUGGAGUAUUUCUGUCUCCAAGGUUCCAUCAUUUUGGGUUUCCUUUAUUGCUUCUUUAAUCAUUUGCAGGUGUUGACAUAUUUUAUUCAUUUUGCUCACCUGUUUGAUUGUAUUUUCCUGUAUAUUUUAAGGGAUUUGAUAAUUUCUCCUUUAAAUUCCUCUAUCAUAUUCAUAAGAUUGGAUUCAAUGUCAUUUUAUUGUGUUUUGAUUUUGUUAGCAUAUCCAGGUCUUGAUGUAGUAGGAUAGCUGGGCUCUAGGUGUGUUAUAUUGUUUUGUUCUUGUUGAGUGUAUUCUCAUGCUGGCCUUUAGCCAACUCUUUAUCCAUGGGUGUUUACUGGUGCAAGAGUCAUGAAGUGGGCUCUGGGUUUUUCUCUUUAUAGGGGUUAGGUUAAGAUAUGGUCUCACUAAAUUGUAGCUCUCUUUGUCUAAGGAAUCACAGUGAUCCAUAUGCUUUUGCUUCCUCAGUGUUGGGAUUCAUGUUGUGCGCCACCAGACCCAAUCUGUUAUUCUUUCAAGAAUCAUUAGCCCAGAGUAAAAAGAAUCACAGUUGAUUGUUUUUAUACUGGUAGGGAUGGGGUUUUCUGUCAUUCUGAGAGAGUUCAGUUAGGAUCAUCACAAUUGUUCACGGGUAUUUAUUUCUAGACAUUGAUGUUUGAUAAAUUACUGCCAUCUUUGAUUUGCAAUAUACAGGGAAUGGAUUGGUUCUAAGUGACGUAAUUGGCUACAAAUGAAUAUUUACUCUAGAGUACUCAAUAGAUUGUUCUCAUAGACAUUGAUACUAAAAAUGAGUUUCAUAAUUUUAUUUGUAAUAUUCUUCUAUACUUGUAAUAAUACACAUUUUGUUUUUAUUUUCAGAAGUCUUGUUUUUUAAAGAUGAAAGGCCUUUGUCCUGGUAAGGCUUAACAGUACAUUAGUACUAGAGGAGUGCAAAGAUAAAAAGCAAAUUCUUUUUGGGUAUACUUUGAGACUUGUGUCUUACAGGUCCCACAGUAUUCUGAAUAUAAUUUUAGCCUAAAAUUUGUUCAGUGUACUUUAUAUGAAUGUGAAAAGUAUGCUCACACGCCAUUUCCAAGAAAAAACUAUGCAGUUUUUAAAAAGAGCCUGCUAGGAUUAACUCUGCAAGUUAAUGUCCACUUAAGAUUCUUCAGCUUUUCAAAGCCUUACUAAAUUGUAUUUGUGGACUAAGACCCACACUCAUAGUUAUCAUUUCAGGCAUUCAUCUCUCUGACACGGUACAUAAUGUGGGAUGAUUCUCAGUUGUCAGUCAUUACUACAAGAUGGCAACCAUUUCUUUCCUCCUUUGACACCAGCUAUGAAGGCAAAGGAACUUUUUGUCAGGUGUAGCAUAUAUCAUAUAUCUUAGAAGAAACCCAUGAGUUGCAGUCCAUCCAAUGAAAGGCUGAGAUUCCAUGAAGGUGGAUAUUAACAUUUCUCACUUUACAUUUAUAGGUUGUUAUGGCUAUUCUUAAGGGAUGGAUAUAUACUGGUUUGUGUGUGUCUAGAUGAACUAACUAUAUCUUACCUAAGUGGGUGGUUUAUGUCCUUAUCAAUUGGUUGUAAGUUGAUUGUGCAAAUGUAUUGUUCAUUAAGUAAUUAACAUAUGACUCUGGGUUACAGUUGCUGGGUUACAGUUGCUGGGUUACAGUUUGUUGAGUCAUGACUUCACUGGAUUGUUGGGAGUGUGAGAAGAGUCUGUGACAGGAAGCGGUGCUAGGCUAUGGAAUGCUUGGGGCUAGCUUGGCAUGUGGCCACACUAGCAUGGCCCACAGAACAACCCGCUAUGGAGACAGUGUGUGAAAAUGGAUGACAGAGAAACAUCUAGAGCAUGUGAUUGCACCUGGCAUGGGAACUCAUGGGAACCAGUCAUUCACCUUUUAAUUAUUCCACAAGACCCAUGUCUUCCUGAAAGUUCCACCCAUCAAAUAUCCAUUCAUAUGAUCAGUUUUCCACAGUAAUGGAUCCUUUGAAUCUCAAUAGAUUAGCUGAAUGUAUAGAACUAAGUGACCAUGUGACUAUUAUUUAUCUCUCUAUAAAGGAGGUUUUUGCCUUCCAUAUCAGUUGGACAUGAACAUACAGGUGAAGGCCCAUCCAUUCCUGUCCAGGAUGCUAGGUUAGACACUGGUUUGGUAGAAAAUUAAAAGGUGUAUUUCAAGCUCAUUCUGUGCUCAUUAGGAUUAAUUACCUCCACAAGAGAGGACAAUUAUGUUGUUCUCUUUAUUUGGGCUCUGCAUCAGGAAAUCAUUUUAUAAAUACUAUCACAUGACUUAUUCCCUCCAUGUUUAAGAUUCCCUAAAUCAUACAAGCUAAUGUCAAAAUCAAGAUUCAAACUUUUCCAUACUAAAACUGUUCAAAGACUCCUUGCAAAAUACGCAUGUUAACUUAUACUUGGAAGUGCAAACAGUUUCACAGUCUCAAUGCAAUUAGUCUUAUUGUUCUUUGUUUCUGUUAUUACCUUAUUAUGUUCAUAAAAAUGGAUAAAUGGCACAGAAACAGGCAGAUUGUGACUUCGGGAUUCAUUCAUGCGUGUGUUAAGAAGGAGCAGCUUGAACAUUACAAAUGCAGUGGUGGGUUUUGAAGAGCUCUAGCAGCAACAGAAAUCUAUCUGAUGUUCGACAAGCAAACCACUUGGGUGGUACCAUCAUAGAUAGUGAAAUAUUCACAAAGUAUCAUGGGAAUAGGUGCCUUACUGCAUCAGGGGCAAAGACUGUUAUGAUUAAUGUAGUCAGGGGAUUAAUUCCAUUGCAUCUAUAGAUUAAAAAUAUCACUCGGUAUAGCUAUGAGAGCAAAAGCUAGAGAGGUGGUUGUGUGUAUAUAUGUAUCUGUAUAAUGGUUUCAUUGGGCUGAUUUUUGGGCCUAAUUUCCUUCCCUUUCUUCUACAUGGGGAAAAGUUGGAAGUAAAGUAUUCCCAGACAUAUUCAACUGGUUAAAGAACAAAUGAAUAGCUUUUUAAAACAAUUUAUAAUGUAAUAUAAGUUAGAAAAUCAAGCAAGAAGUAAUCCAAUGCAUUGGAUUAAUGUUUAGUAUGAAUAUUAACAUAACAUUCUUAAAAUACACCACAGUGGAGUAAGACCACCAGGACAGCUAAAAUCCAUUUUGAAAAACUCUAACCGGCAUAAUUCAGAAGCUGGUAAGAGACUUACAGGAACAUCACCAUGGUAAGAAUCUGUGCAUUUUACAAUAAAUUAAUCUGUAAAAAGUAUAAUGUUCAGAACCUGACAUUCUCUUUGCCUCUGUGUACUACGAUUUCAGCUUCUUUAUUUCUUCUAUAAUCACAAGCUGAACAAUUAUCUCCCACACAGCAUGAGUUAUGGACAAACAUCCUUAGGAAGGGAGAUGAUUCAGUGGAUAAAGUGCUUGCCAUGAGUCUGUGAGAAUGGAAGUUUGGAUUCUCAGAAUCCACAUGAGGUCUUGAGGAUCUCAUGUGCAUCUGAAUCCUGGGGCACUUAUGGUGAGGCAGGAGGUGGUGAGAGAGAAUCGCCUGAAGUUUACUGGCUAGUUUGCCUGGGUUUCUUAUUCAUGAAGAAGGGAUUGAGCCACAAAACCAAGGUUGGAAGAAUGUUGCAUGCUGUUAUUCUAAAGGCUCCCUGACAAGCCCUCCUUUCUUGUUCCUAGGUGUGUGAAUGUGGAUAAUGUCAGCUCUACCUCCUCUGUGAAGGGAGAAUCGGGAAGAAAAUUCCAUAUAAUACCUAAGAAGAUCCAGAACAUUUUUAGAAAAUCUGGAGUUUAUGUGUGUUCUCGAGGAGAGCCAGUACCUGAUGUAUGGAAAGCAAAAAAAUCCAUAAUGGAUGAAAAAUAUAAAACAGAUAAUUUCUAUGCUGUGUCUUCUGAGCAUAGAAAUUCUAUUCCUAAGGCUACUGUUGAUUGUGAAGCUUCCACCUCUACUGCUGACAGCCUGGAUGCUGCCGAGCCUGACCCGACAAAUUCUACAAAUGCUACUGACUGUCUGGCUGCUCUUGAGCGUGAGCUGACUAAUUCCAACAACACUGCUGACUGUCUGGCUGACCUUGAGCCUGAUCCGACUUUUUCUACCAAUGCCGCUGACUUUCAGGCUGCUGUUGCACCAGAGCCAACUAUGUCCACCCACCCUGCUGACUGUCUGCCUGAUGUGGAACCAGAGCCAACUAUGUCCACCCACCCUGCUGACACUCUGGCUGCUCUUGAGCCUGAGCUGACUAAUUUCAACAACACUGCUGACUGUCUGGCUGACCUUGAGCCUGAGCCAAACAUGUCCACCCACCCUGCUGACAGUCUGCCUGAUGUGGAACCAGAGCCAACUAUGUCCAAUCACCCUGCUGACACUCUGGCUGCUCUUGAGCCUGAACUGACUAAUUCAAACAACACUGCUGACUGUCUGGCUGACCUUGAGCCUGAGCCAAACAUGUCCACCCACCCUGCUGAUAGUCUUCCUGAUGUGGAACCAGAGCCAACUAUGUCCACCCACCCUGCUGACACUCUGGCUGCUCUUGAGCCUGAGCUGACCAAUUUCAACAACACUGCUGACUGUCUGGCUGACCUUGAGCCUGAUCCGACUAUUUCUACCAAUGCUGCUGACUUUCAGGCUGCUGUUGCACCAGAGCCAACUAUGUCCACCCACCCUGCUGACUGUCUGCCUGAUGUGGAACCAGAGCCAACUAUGUCCACCCACCCUGCUGACACUCUGGCUGCUCUUGAGCCUGAACUGACUAAUUCCAACAACACUGCUGACUGUCUGGCUGACCUUGAGCCUUAUCCGACUAUUUCUACCAAUGCCGCUGACUGUCGGGCUGCUGUUGCACCAGAGCCCUCUAUGUCCACCAACCCUGCUGACAGUAUGGCAGCUGUUGAGCCUGAGCCGACUAUGUCCACCCACCCUGCUGACAUUCUGACUGCUGACGAGCCUGAACAUAAUACUUCUACCAAAGCUGCUGACUGUCUGGCUGACCUUGAGCCUGAGCUAAACAUGUCCACCCACCCUGCUGACAGUCUGCCUGAUGUGGAACCAGAGCCAAAUAUGUCCAAUCACCGUGCUGACACACUGGCUGCUCUUGAGCCUGAGUCGACUAAAUCCUCCAAUGCUGCUGACUGUCUGGCCUAUGUUGAGCCAGAGCCAGCUAUGUCCACCCACCGUGCCGACAGUCUGGCUGCUCUUGAGCAUGAGCUGUCUCAUGCCAACAAAGAUGCUGACUGUCUGGCUUCUCUCAAGGCUGAGCUGAUUAAUUCCACCAAUGCUACUGAUUGUCUGGCUUCUGUUGGGACUGAGACAACCAUGUCCACCCAGCCUGCUGACAAUUUGGCAGCUGUUGAGCCUGAACAUAAUAAUUCCACCAAUACUGCUGACGGUCUGGACUCUGUUGAACAAGAGCCAGCUAUGCCCACUUACCGUGCCGACAGUCUGGCUGCUCUUGAGCAUGAGCUGACUAAUUCCAACAACACUGCUGACUGUCUGGCUUCUCAGAAGGCUGAGUCAAUUGACUCUACCAAUGCUACUGAUUGUUUGGCUUCUGUUGGGACUGAGACAACUAUGUCCACCCACCCUGCUGACAAUAUGGCUACUGAUGAGCUUGAGCCUACACAUUCCACCAAUGCUGCUUACUUUCUGGCCGCUCUUGAGCCCCAGUCGACUAAUUCCUCCAAUGCUGCUGAUAUUCUGGCUUCUGUUGGGUCUGAGACAACCAUGUCUACCCACCUUGCUGAUAUUCCUAUUGCUCAUGAGCCUGACUAUAAUGAUUCUACCAAUGCUGCUGACAGUCUGGACUCCGUUGAGCCAGAGCCAGCUAUGUCCACCCACCGUGCCGACAGUCUGGCUGCUCUUGAGCAUGAGCUGUCUCAUGCCAACAAAGCUGCUGACUGUCUGGCUUCUCUCAAGGCUGAGCCAACCAUGUCCACCCAGCCUGCUGACAGUUCCGCAGCUGUUGAGCCUGAGCCUACAAUUUCCACCAGAGCUGCUGAUUGUCUGGCUACUGUUCUGCCAGAGCUAACUAGGUCAACCCACCCUGCUGACUGUCUGGACUCUGUUCAGCCUGAGUCAUCUAUGUCCACACACCCAGCUGAUAAUAUGGCUACUGAUGAGCUUGAGACUACAAAUUCGACCAACGCUGCUUACUGUCUGGCUGCUCUUGAGCCUGAGUCGACUAAAUCCUCCAAUGCUGCUGACUGUCUGGCCUAUGUUGAGCCAGAGCCAGGUAUGUCCACCCACCGUGCCCACAGUCUAGCUGCUCUUGAGCAUGAGCUGUCUCAUGCCAACAAAGAUGCUGACUGUCUGGCUUCUCUCAAGGCUGAGCUGAUUAAUUCCACCAAUGCUACUGAUUGUCUGGCUUCUGUUGGGACUGAGACAACCAUGUCCACCCAGCCUGCUGACAAUUUGGCAGCUGUUGAGCCUGAACAUAAUAAUUCCACCAAUACUGCUGACGGUCUGGACUCUGUUGAACAAGAGCCAGCUAUGCCCACUUACCGUGCCGACAGUCUGGCUGCUCUUGAGCAUGAGCUGACUAAUUCCAACAACACUGCUGACUGUCUGGCUUCUCAGAAGGCUGAGUCAAUUGAUUCUACCAAUGCUACUGAUUGUUUGGCUUCUGUUGGGACUGAGACAACUAUGUCCACCCACCCUGCUGACAAUAUGGCUACUGAUGAGCUUGAGCCUACACAUUCCACCAAUGCUGCUUACUUUCUGGCCGCUCUUGAGCCCCAGUCGACUAAUUCCUCCAAUGCUGCUGAUAUUCUGGCUUCUGUUGGGUCUGAGACAACCAUGUCUACCCACCUUGCUGAUAUUCCUAUUGCUCAUGAGCCUGACUAUAAUGAUUCUACCAAUGCUGCUGACAGUCUGGACUCCGUUGAGCCAGAGCCAGCUAUGUCCACCCACCGUGCCGACAGUCUGGCUGCUCUUGAGCAUGAGCUGUCUCAUGCCAACAAAGCUGCUGACUGUCUGGCUUCUCUCAAGGCUGAGCCAACCAUGUCCACCCAGCCUGCUGACAGUUCCGCAGCUGUUGAGCCUGAGCCUACAAUUUCCACCAGAGCUGCUGAUUGUCUGGCUACUGUUCUGCCAGAGCUAACUAGGUCAACCCACCCUGCUGACUGUCUGGACUCUGUUCAGCCUGAGUCAUCUAUGUCCACACACCCAGCUGAUAAUAUGGCUACUGAUGAGCUUGAGACUACAAAUUCGACCAACGCUGCUUACUGUCUGGCUGCUCUUGAGCCUGAGUCGACUAAAUCCUCCAAUGCUGCUGACUGUCUGGCCUAUGUUGAGCCAGAGCCAGGUAUGUCCACCCACCGUGCCCACAGUCUAGCUGCUCUUGAGCAUGAGCUGUCUCAUGCCAACAAAGAUGCUGACUGUCUGGCUUCUCUCAAGGCUGAGCUGAUUAAUUCCACCAAUGCUACUGAUUGUCUGGCUUCUGUUGGGACUGAGACAACCAUGUCCACCCAGCCUGCUGACAAUUUGGCAGCUGUUGAGCCUGAACAUAAUAAUUCCACCAAUACUGCUGACGGUCUGGACUCUGUUGAACAAGAGCCAGCUAUGCCCACUUACCGUGCCGACAGUCUGGCUGCUCUUGAGCAUGAGCUGACUAAUUCCAACAACACUGCUGACUGUCUGGCUUCUCAGAAGGCUGAGUCAAUUGAUUCUACCAAUGCUAUUGAUUGUUUGGCUUCUGUUGGGACUGAGACAACUAUGUCCACCCACCCUGCUGACAAUAUGGCUACUGAUGAGCUUGAGCCUACACAUUCCACCAAUGCUGCUUACUUUCUGGCCGCUCUUGAGCCCCAGUCGACUAAUUCCUCCAAUGUUGCUGAUAUUCUGGCUUCUGUUGGGUCUGAGACAACCAUGUCUACCCACCUUGCUGAUAUUCCUAUUGCUCAUGAGCCUGACUAUAAUGAUUCUACCAAUGCUGCUGACAGUCUGGACUCCGUUGAGCCAGAGCCAGCUAUGUCCACCCACCGUGCCGACAGUCUGGCUGCUCUUGAGCAUGAACUGUCUCAUGCCAACAAAGUUGCUGACUGUCUGGCUUCUCUCAAGGCUGAGCCAACCAUGUCCACCCAGCCUGCUGACAGUUCGGCAGCUGUUGAGCCUGAGCCUACAAUUUCCACCAGAGCUGCUGAUUGUCUGGCUACUGUUCUGCUGGAGCUAAUUAGGUCAAUCCACCCUGCUGACUGUCUGGACUCUGUUCAGCCUGAGUCAUCUAUGUCCACACACCAGGCUGAUAAUAUGGCUACUGAUGAGCUUGAGCCUAAAAAUUCGACCAACGCUGUUUACUGUCUGGCUGCUCUUGAGCCUGAGUCGACUAAAUCCUCCAAUGCUGCUGACUGUCUGGCCUAUGUUGAGCCAGAGCCAGAGCCAGGCAUGUCCACCCACCGUGCCGACAGUCUGGCUUCUCUUGAGCAUGAGCUGACUAAUUCCAACAACACUGCUGACUGUCUGGCUUCUCAGAAGGCAGAGUCAAUUGAUUCUACCAAUGCUACUGAUUGUUUGGCUUCUGUUGGGACUGAGACAACUAUGUCCACCCACCCUGCUGACAAUAUGGCUACUGAUGAGCUUGAGCCUACACAUUCCACCAAUGCUGCUUACUGUCUGGCUGCUCUUGAGCCUGAGUCGACUAAAUCCUCCAGUGCUGCUGACUGCCUGGCCUAUGUUGAGCCAGAGCCAGCUAUGUCCACCCACCGUGCCGACAGUCUGGCUGCUCUUGACCAUGAGCUGUCUCAUGCCAACAAAUAUGCUGGCUGUCUGGCUUCUCUCAAGGCUGAGCUGAUUAAUUCCACCAAUGCUACUGAUUGUCUGGCUUCUGUUGGGACUGAGACAACCAAGUCCACCCAGCCUGCUGACAGUUUGGCAGCUGUUGAGCCUGAACAUAAUAAUUCCACCAAUGCUGCUGACAGUCUGGACUCUAUUGAACAAGAGCCAGCUAUGCCCACCCACCGUUCUGACAGUCUGGCUGCUCUUGAGCAUGAGCUGUCUCAUGCCAAUAAAGCUGCUGACUGUCUGGCUUCUCUCAAGGCUGAGCCAACCAUGUCCACCCAGCCUGCUGACACUUUGGCAUCUGUUGAGCCUGAGCCUACUUUUUCCACCAAAGCUGCUGAUUGUCUGGCUACUGUUCAGCCUGAGCUAACUAAGUCAAACCACCCUGCUGACUGUCUGGAUUCUGUUCAGCCUGAGUCAUCUAUGUCCCCACACCCUGCUGACAGUUUGGUAGCUAUUGAGCCUUCACUGACUAAUUCCACCAAAGCUGCUGACUUUCUGGGUGCUGUUGAUCCCGAAUCAACCAAAUCCACCCACCCUGCUGACAGUAUGGCAGUUGAUGAGCCUGAGCUGCCUAAUUCCAACAUUGCUGCUGACUGUCUGGACGACCUUGAGCCUGAUACGACUAUUUCUACCAAUGCCGCUGACUGUCAGGCUGCUGUUGGGUCUGAGACAACCAUGUCCACCCAGCCUGCUGACAGUUUGGCAGCUGUUGAGCCUGAGCCGACUAAUUCCACCAAAGCUGCUGACUGUCUGGACUCUGCUGAGCCAGAGCCAACUAUGGCCACCCACCAUGCUGACAUUCUGACUGCUGUUGAGCCUGAACAUACUAAUUGCUCCAGUACUGCUGACUGUCUGCCUGCUGUUCAGCCUGAGUCCAGUAUGUCCACCCACCCUGCUGACAGUAUGGCUGCUAUUGAUGCUGAGCCUACAGAUCCUGCCAUUGUUGCUGACUGUCUGGCUGCUCUUGAACCUCGGCUGUCUGUUACAUGUGCUGCUGACAGUAGUGUGUUAGUUGAGAGUCAUGACUCAGGACCAGCUAGUCACAUUGGAUUGGAUUAUGUUGUUGAUUUACCUCUUUACAAGGAGAGUACAAGGUACAAACCCCAUGCUGACCCAGAGCCCACUCCUGGUUCCUGCACUUGUUAUUCCCUUGACUCCAUUCAAAUGACUAACCUGACUCUUUUGAUAUCCCUUAGUGAAGAAGAAAUAUUUGAUUCUGCUACUUCAGAUGAGGAAUCUUCUUUUACCCCUGACGUAGAAGAAGGUCUGCCUGCUACUCAGGGUGCUGAGGAUAUUUUUCAUGCUUCCGCACGAGCUGAACCAAUAAACCACAGCUUGAACCUUCUCAGGGAGAGUGGAUAUCUUCGGGCAACAGAGAUACCACGCAUACCUUUUUUGCUCUUCAUAUGGCUUAUAUCCUCACUUUUAUCCAUCAUAACAUGGAUGAAAAUCCAAAUUCAACAAGCAUGGCAUGAAGAAAAUGGCCAAGGAGCUCCCACUAACAAGAGAGUCGGACCAGUGGCUGCGGCUCCUGCUCCCUAGACCCUUGAUGCUCCUCCAGAAUCGAUUGGAAUAUCAAAACACAGUCUGUGUGGGAGAAUUGAUCAUAUAUAUAAAUUUUAAAAUAAAAUGUUCAAUCUGAUUGUA